GGUGAUCUGUGGUUGACAGGUCGUUGACAGCUUGUGUCAUUGAUUCUGGUUGUUGCAUGUAUGUGAUUUCUAGUUCGUUUUGCAAAAACAACAACAAACCAAUUGAUUUUCACUGUUUUUAAACAUAUCAAGCCGCUUUUCGAGACCAGUUUGAUAAUGGCAGCAGUUGCUCAUUCGGUACCUUAUUCCAUUGAUGCGAGAGCUCGCGAUUUGAUCCCCAAAUCCAAAGUUCUACUGGUUGGUGCCGGUGGCAUUGGUUGUGAAGUUUUGAAGAAUCUGGCUUUGUCUGGGUUCCGGGAUAUAGAAAUUAUUGAUUUAGACACGAUUGAUGUCAGCAACCUAAAUCGCCAGUUUCUCUUCAGAAAGGAGCAUGUGGGUAAACCAAAAGCUGUGGUGGCUCGCGAAAGCAUUUUAGCCCACAAUCCUAAUGUGAAAAUUAAGGCUUACCAUGACAGUAUUUUAAGUUCAGAUUAUGGGCUGAACUUCUUCAAAAGAUUCAACCUGGUUUUGAAUGCACUGGACAAUAGAACGGCCAGAAAUCAUGUAAACAGGAUGUGUCUAGCUGCUGAUAUUCCCUUAAUUGAGUCUGGGACCUCCGGAUAUUCAGGGCAAGUUGAACUGAUUAAAAAAGGAGCAACUCAAUGUUAUGAGUGCCAGCCCAAACCUCCACAAAAGACAUUCCCGGGAUGCACAAUUCGAAACACCCCAUCAGAGCCAGUUCAUUGCAUUGUAUGGUCCAAGCAUUUAUUCAACCAGUUAUUUGGAGAGGAUGAUCCUGAUCAAGACGUGUCCCCAGACGCUGAAGACCCGGAGGCGAAAAUUAAUGGAGAAAACAGCGUCACUGAAAGUGGCAACAUCAAACGACUUUCCACCAAACAAUGGACGCAAGACAUCGAGUACGAUCCCGAAAAAUUGUUCAACAAAUUCUUUUCGGAGGAUAUCAAUUAUCUACUGAGCAUGGAGAAUCUAUGGAAAACCAGAACUCCGCCAAAACCACUUUCAUGGAAAGAUGCCGCUGCACUAGUAGGAGAUAAAACCAAGAAGGACGAGAACAGUGUUAGGGUGAGAGAUAUGGAAGUUUGGUCAAUCGCAAAAUGUGCCCAGGUUUUCGCGGACAGCGUCACAACUUUGAAGAAAGAACAUGCUAAUAAGGAUUUCCUUGUGUGGGACAAAGACGAUCAGCCUGCCAUGGACUUUGUGGCUGCCUGUGCUAAUAUUCGGGCUUACAUUUUCUCGAUAGCUCAAAAAUCAAAGUUUGAAAUUAAAUCUAUUGCCGGUAAUAUCAUUCCGGCCAUUGCUACAGCAAACGCGAUGAUUGCUGGUCUGGUAGUGUUGUACGCUUUCCGACUCCUGGUUGAGGACUACGAGAAAUGCCCAUCGAUUUAUCUACGGCAAAAGUCGGUGCAUUCAAAGUUCAUUUUGGCUGCUGAUAAACAACUGACCAAGGCAAAUCCGGUGUGCUACGUAUGCAGCCCGAAGCCAUUCGUGAAUGUUUUUGUUAACGUUGAUAAAAUGACCGUUAAAGAGUUCGAAUCGGAAGUUCUGAAGAAUCACUUGAACAUGGUGGCUCCCGAUGUCGUUCUAGAUGGUAAAGGUGUGAUGGUAAUUUCGUCCGAGGAAGGCGAGACUGAGGUCAACAAUGACAAAGCCUUGUCUCAAUUGAGCAUCGUAGACGGCAGCAUAUUGAAAUGUGACGAUUUUUUGCAAAACUAUGAAUUAACCGUGGCAGUAAAUCAGUAUGUCCCAGUGGAAAAGGACGACCCUUUGUUCAAAGUGGUUGCAAAUCCCGAGGAACUGAAGGCCAAAGAAACGCAAAAUGGCAAAGAAAACGGCGCCACUUCAAGCAAAGAUGCGGAGAGCGAUGAAGACGAUCUAAUGGUUGUAGACGAAGUGGCGGAGGACCCUCAAGAAGGCUCAUCGAGUAAAAGGAGGAAGCUGAAUAACGACAGUGAUGAUGAGGACAUUGUCGAGGUCCCUUUGUAAUCGUAAAUACAUCCCUUUGUUAGCAGGUGAAAAAUAAUCAAACAACCUCAUUCAAUUUUUUAGUUCGCUAAAGUUUAUCAGUCGACUCAUAUAGAUGUUCCGUUGGAUACGUAUAUUAAACUUCUAGAAGUAUUUUUUUAUAUUUUCUGUUCACCGAAUAAAGUCUUUCCAAGAGAAA